AUGAACAGGAAGGGAGCGGACGAUGGCGGCAGGAAGAAGAAGUCCGACAAGAAGAAGGACCCACCACCCAAGAAAACAAGGCCGAUGGUCCAGGAGCACCGCGGAGCGGGCAGCCCCCUCCGUCGCUGGACAAGCGAAAGGGAGGAGCAGUACCGCCACCCCACCCACCUUCACGCCGCCCAGAAGGCCGGUACAGUGGAGUCCCUGGACGCACCGCCAAAGCCGCCUCCUCUGUUUGGCAGCUGGACGGGCAAGACUCCGGUCACCAUGCUGAACGAGUGGUGUCAGAAGAACAAAUGGGCCAGGCCGAACUUCUCGCCCGUCAAGUCGUGCCCGGAGGGCUUCCGGUGGCGUGUGGUGCUGAUCAACCUCACCAACAAGAAGACCGAGGAGAAGUACACCCACUACACCCGAGACCCGUUGCCCGUGUCCGACAUGGCCAGGUGCCUACACCGAGUCUUGCCGCCUGAGAUGCGCGAUCUGUGGGCGCAGCUGGACAUCGAUGCCAAGGAAAAGAAGGAGAAGGAUACCGAGCGGGCACAAAAGGCCGAAGAGGUGAAGGAGAAGAAGGAGAACCUGGAGAAGCGGCUGCAGAAGAUGCCGCAGAUCUACAUGAGCCCGACCGCGCGCAGCCUCGUGGAGAACAUCAUCAGCUCCCUCCGCAGCCGCCAGCCCCCCGUCACUGCGCAGUCGCGCCCCGUCGACUCUGAUCUGGCCGCCGACGACGGCGGGUUCGACCCCCGCGAGGCCGAAGAGGAGAUCGACCUCGGGUGGGACGGCGAAGAGGAGGAGGACGUCGACCGCGCGGCGGCGAAGGCGGAGGAGGCCAAGGCCAAGCGGAUGGCCGAGAAGACCCUCCGCCGCCGGCUAAAGCAGCUCGGCUGGCGCAAGGAGGACGUCGACCGCGUCCUGGCGGCGCUGCCCGAGCGGGACCUGCCGCCGACCGACGACCUCAACAAGCGGGUCAAGAAGGUGCUCGACUGGCUGCUGCUCCACGUGGCCGAAGAGCACCUGCCCGUCGAGUACCAACCGGCCAAGACCCUCGAGAUCGGCAUUACCGCCUUUCCCUCAGCCAAGCAGCCUAAGAGCGGAGAGGAACGGGAGCUGGAGCUGUUGCAGGCGGAUACCAAGAACGCGGACAAAGCCACCGACAGCUUCUACACGCUCUUUGCGCUCAUCGCGCGCCGGGCGACGAAGGAAGAGGCCAGCGACGGCUGCGCGCUCAAGCUGGAGUCCUCCUCGGCCGCCGACGCCGUGGCCGCCCUCCCCAAGAAGGGCGACGAGCGCGAGGCCUGGGAGAUCGAGGAGCUGCGACGCGACGAGAUGCUCGCCCUGGAGGCCAUCCUCGGCGAUGACUUUACCGCGCGCUCGGUCGCCGUCGCCGGGCUCGGCGGCGACGCGCUGCCCGUGGACGUGCUCCAGGUGCGCCUGCCGCCCGACUCGCUGUCGCUCGAGGCCUCGGCAUUCCAGCCCUUCCAGCUCGCCCUCGCCGACCUGCGCCUCGAAUUCCACAUUCCGGCCCAUCCGCACUCGCUCUACCCGCUCCAGCUGCCCCUCGUCUUCCCCUCUGUUUCGCUUACGCCCACCACCACCGCCGCCGCGGGCCGUGGUGGUGGCGCCGGUGCGCCGGCCCAGCUGGUUCCGCGGGUGGUGGCCAAGCUCAAGCACCGCAUCAUAGCCGAGCUGGCGGCGCAGGCCCAGGAGAUGCUGGGCGAGGCCAUGGUCUACUCGCUCUGCCAAUGGCUGCAGAGCAACAUCGGCCAGCUCGUGCGCGCCGUGGUCGAGUCCGAGCAGCGGCCCACCGUCGCGGUCGCCGCACCGACCAAUCAACAGCCGCAGAAGCAGCCGCAGCCAGCCAAGGCCGCCAAUGGGAGACCCGAUAAGGCCCCGACGGUGACGGUCGGCGCCGCGCCGCAGGGCCAACGCGGGGGCGCUGUCGCCGGUCGUUCGGCGCCGCGGCGCCCGCGCGGGCAGCCGCAGGUGAGCGAGGAGCAGGUGCGGGAGCUGAGCGCGCAGCUGACUGAGAGCCUGCGGGCCAAGCAGCAGCGGCCGGACUACAUCGAGAUGCAGCGGGUGCGGCAGCGACUGCCGGCCGCCUCCAAGCGGGAGGAGAUCAUUCGCGUCAUCCGCAACAACCAGGUCAUCGUGCUCACCGGUGCCACGGGUUGCGGUAAGUCGACGCAGGUGCCGCAGUACAUUAUGGAGGACAUGAUCGCUCAGAACGAGGGCGGCCGAUGCAACAUCAUCGUCACCCAGCCCCGCCGAAUCUCCGCACUCGGUCUCGCCCAGCGAGUGUCGGCAGAGCAGUGUGAAGACGUGGGCAACACAGUGGGUUACCAGAUCCGCUUGGAGUCGGCCAAGUCCAAGAACACCCGGCUGCUGUUCUGCACCACGGGUAUCCUCCUGCGGCGACUCACCGGCUCAUCCGGCGAGGACAAGGAACUACGAGGCAUUUCGCACAUAAUUGUGGAUGAGGUGCACGAGAGGAACCUGGACAGCGACUUCCUGCUGAUCGUGCUCAAGGAACUCGUGCGCGCGCGGAAGGACAUCAAGGUCAUCCUCAUGAGCGCCACGCUCGACGCCGACCUCUUCGCCCACUACUUUGCCUCGCCCGGCGGCCGCGGUGCCGCCGCCGCCGUCGGCGCGCCCGUGAUCUCCAUCCCCGGCUUCACUUACCCUGUGGGCGAGCACUACCUCGAAGACGCGCUCGAGCUCCUGCGCGGCCGCGGGCUCGCCGACGACAUCGCGGCCCAGCAGCGGCGAGGCGGCGGCUUCGGCGGCGGGGUGAAGCGGACAAAGGCCGAGAAGGAGGAGGACGCGAAGCGGCGCGAGGACAUCCUCCGGUCGUACGCGGCUUAUUCGGUGGAGACGCGCGAGGCGCUGGCCACGAUCAACGAAAACAAGCUCGAACCGGCCCUGCUCGAGCACCUCAUCUUCUUCAUCUGCGAGGAAGGCGAGCGCACCUUCCCCGAACUCUCCGAGGAGAAGGGCAGCGGAAGCAAGGGCGCCAUUCUGGUGUUCUUCUCGGGCAUGGCGGACAUCCUGACGAUGCUCGAGCGCCUGCAGAGGGGCGCGCGGGACCGACGAGCCGAGCACAAGUACCUCAUCCUGCCGCUCCACUCGUCCAUCUCCACCGCCCAGCAGCAGCGCGUGUUCGAGCGGCCGCCCCAGGGCGUGCGCAAGAUCAUCCUCUCCACCAACAUCGCCGAGACGUCCGUCACCAUCGAUGACGUGGUCGUGGUGAUCGACACCGGCAAGAUGAACGAAAUGCAGUACGACCCCGUAUCUAAGCUGUCGUGCCUGGGCGAGACGUGGAUCGCCAAGGCCAACGCCGCACAGCGACGCGGUCGUGCCGGUCGUGUGAAGAAGGGCCUCUGCUUCAAGCUCUACACGGAGCGGCGUCACGCCGACCUCAUGGACCAAAGGCCGCCGGAGAUCCUGCGGGUGCCACUGGAGCAGCUGUGCCUGCAGAUCAAGCUCCUCAACGUGCGGGCCACCGUGAAGCAGUUCCUGCACCAGGCCCUCCAGCCCCCGGAGGACCACGCCAUCCAGUCCGCCCUCAACACGCUGCAUCAAGUGAAUGCGCUCGAGAAGGAAGAGGAGAAGCUCACUCCGCUGGGCUACCACCUUGCGCAAUUGCCGGUGGACGUGCAUAUCGGGAAGAUGAUGCUGUUCGGGGCCAUCCUCUGCUGCCUCGAUCCGGUGUUGACGAUCGCGGCGGCCAUGAGCGCGGGCAAGUCGGCCUUCUACUCGCCGCCCGACCGACGCGAGGAGGCCAACCAGGCGCGCUUCGGGCUCGCGCUGGACAAGAGCGAUCACCUGACCCUCAUGAACGCCUACAACGGAUGGCUCGCCGCCAAGGCCGACGGCCGCGAGAUGCAGUACUGCAACGACGCGAUCGCCGAUCUGAAGCGCCAGUACGCGGAGCUCCUAUCGGAAAUCGGCUUCCUGGACCAGCGGGUGAGCACGCGACUCAUGAACAAGCAGGCCAAGCUCGCCGGCCGAGGCAGCGACGGCGUGAAGGAGGCCACGGGCGCGCGACUCAAUAUCAACGCCAAGAACACGCGCGUCAUCAAGGCGGCCCUUUGCUGCGGCCUCUACCCCAACGUCGUCCGCAUCUCGUCGCCGGAGACCCGCUACGUCCAAGUCAUACCGGGCUCCAUCGCGCAGCCCCACAACGCCAGGGACCUCAAGUUCUAUACCAGAGACGACGGUCGUGUGUUCCUACACCCGAGCUCGGUGAACUUCUCGGUGAACGAGUUCGAUUCGCCGUGGCUGCUGUUCAGCGAGAAGGUGAAGACGAGCAAGGUGUUCGUGCGUCAAUCGAGCAUGGUGUCCCACUACCCGCUCCUGCUCUUCGGGCGGGAGAUCGACGUCGUGCACCACCUCAAGAUCAUCAAGGUCGACGACUGGAUCCAGUUCCGCGCCGACCCGCGAAUCGCCGUCCUGACCAAGGAGCUGAAGGUGGAACUGGACAAGCUUCUCACUGCAAAGAUCAGCGAUCCCACGUUCGACAUCAGCCACAGCGGGCUCAUCGAGGUCAUCACUCAGCUCAUCAGCACCGACGGCCUCAUUGGGCCGCAGGAGGCCGCGAAGUGGAGCUAG